AUGUCUCUCGCUCCUCCGCUCGCCGCGCGACGAUGCGCUCAAUGUCUUCGAUCGAGCCAAGCCAACGCCUUCCGAUACGCAGCUUCUACAGCACCACAGCGAAGACAGCAGAGAAGAUGGCAAUCGACAGAAGCCGCAGCAGCAGCAUCGAAUCCCAAGAUUGCUGGCAUCGUAGAUCAGAUUAGCCAAUUGACGUUAUUGGAAACUGCAGAUUUGGUAUCAACGCUAAAGUCACGGUUAAACAUCCCGGAUAUGCCAGUUGGAGGAUUUGCCGCAGGACCGGCAGCAGCGGCCGCACCGGCAGCCGCAGUGGAGGAGCCAGAGGAAGCAGCGCCCAAGCAGGAAGAGAAGACAUUGUUCAACUUGAAGCUGGAAUCGUUUGAGACAGCGGCAAAGGCAAAGGUCAUCAAGGAGGUGAAGGCGAUGCUAGGACUAUCAUUGAUAGACAGCAAGAAGUUCGUGGAGUCAGCACCGAAGCUGAUGAAGGAGGCUGUGCCGAAAGAGGAAGCCGAAAAGAUCAUUGAGACAUUGAAGGGCUUGGGUGCUGUAGUCAAGAUGGAGUAA